AAAGGGGCGGGGCGGCUGGGUCUGCUAUAUAAAGGCGGGCCUUCCCAGCCAGCCUUUCUUUUUGGUGUUCGCUCUUUCCUGACUCACCGCUGUUCCGUGGGCCUUGCGCGGAAUAAGUCGGUCAGGAGAGCUUGGAGGAAGCGGCGGCGAAGGCCAUGGCAUUUAAAGAUACUGGGAAAGCCCCUGUGGAACAGGAGGUAGCAAUUCAUCGAAUCAGAAUCACCUUGACAAGUCGUAAUGUGAAGUCUCUAGAAAAGGUCUGUGCAGAUCUGAUCAGAGGUGCUAAGGAGAAGAACUUAAAAGUGAAAGGACCAGUUCGCAUGCCCACCAAGACUCUGCGAAUCACUACAAGGAAAACACCAUGUGGUGAAGGUUCCAAAACCUGGGAUCGUUUCCAGAUGCGUAUUCACAAGCGUCUCAUUGAUUUGCACAGUCCUUCAGAGAUAGUUAAGCAGAUCACUUCUAUCAGUAUUGAGCCUGGUGUAGAAGUUGAAGUUACUAUUGCCGAUGCUUAAAUGAUUUCCAUCUGCUUCAAUAAAAAUUGAGAAUAACUUUUUACCUUUA